AUGGCUGGCCUUUUUAGACUGCUGAAAAUGCAGUACACCCCACCCACUGAUCCUCAGGGGGUAUCCUUUGCCGGCAAAGUUGUACUCCUGACAGGUGCCACCUCGGGCUUGGGCUUCGAAGCUGCCAUCAAGAUUUUGAAUCUCGGCGUCGACAGACUCAUCAUUGGAUCGCGUAGCGCCGAGCGCGGCAAACAAACCAGACUCGAACUGGAGCGAAUCACCAAACGGCACAACGUCGUCAAAGUCUGGGAGCUCGAAAUGAACAGCUUCCGCAGCGUCAAAGUCUUCACUGACCGUGUCAACAAUGAGCUGGAGCGCCUCGACAUUGCUUUGCUCAACGCUGGUCUCUGGAAUCGCGGAUACAACCAAUCCCCCGAAGGAUGGGAGGAGAGUCUCCAGGUCAACGCUCUCUCCACCUCGAUGCUGGCUCUGCUGUUGAUCCCCAAGCUGAGGAAAAGCGCCACGGCCACUGAUCCCGCGCAUCUGAGCGUCGUCUCAAGUCAGCAAUUUGUCCGGGUCAAGGCUCAGAGUCUGCAAACUGAUGGCCCGCUGCUACCCCACGUCAACGACGCUGCCAACUUCAAGGGCGCUAAGCAAUAUGGUAUCUCGAAGCUGUUGCUCGAAUUUGCAAUGAAGAAAAUCGCCGCUCUCUCGCGCAAUGAGGAUGGCUCGCAUCCCCUCAUCGUCAACACCAUCAGCCCUGGUCUCUGCGUGUCGGGCUUAGGCCGUCAAUACAACUCCUGGUAUGAGAAGUGUAUCGUCUGGGUGAUGCACAGGUUGUUUGCCCGCACCACCGAGGAAGGAAGUCGGUCUUUGGUCAGCGCCACUCUUCAGGGCGUUGAGUCGCAGGGCAAGUGCUGGCGCAGUGACGGAUACCUUGAUGAAUCCACUGCUCUGACUACCGGGUCCCAUGCGGAGGAGCUCCAAGAAAAGAUCUGGGCGGAGAUCAUCGCUGUCUUGGAGGCCGAGGCCCCCGAGAUCUCCAUCAUCGCUCGCGGUGUCUACCAGGGUGUUUAG